AUGGAUGAUUAAACUAUAACUAAUCGCGCAAUAAAAGAAAAAAAUAUUGAAAAAUUGUUUAAGUUAAUACCAGACUCUUUGCCUGAAUAAAUCCAAUAUGCUCUGAAACAAUCUGUAGAAGAUUUAUCCACCGUAGAAGCAGAUUUAGAUAAGCUUUAAGAUUAUAUUUCUAAAGUUCAUUCGAAUGACCUAAAUAUCUAAUAUUUAGGACUAAAUAGAUGUCGAAAACUAUUGAAUAACUCUCAAUUAGCAUUACCAAGAGAAUAACUAAUUGAAAUUUUACUUCAAAACAAUUUUUUAAUAACGACCUUGCAAAUAGCCCUAAACAACAAGGUUCAAUUGUUGUAAUAUGAAGCACUUUGGAUAAUUUAUAAUAUUGUGUGUUUAACAUAAUAAGAAAUGAAAAAUAUUUUUGAUAAUAAUGCAAUUAAUAUCCUCCUCCUAGUCCAUGAUUCUUAAAUUGAUGAAAUCAUUGAAUUAGGAAUUUGCAUUUUAGCUAAGAUUUCGGGCGAAAGUGUUUAAUUUAGGAAUAUGCUUUUACAGAAAGGAAUCGUUGAACAAUUACUCAAAUUAGCACCAUGCUAUCAAUUGAAUAACCCAGAUAUUUUUACAUCAAUAUUAUGGGCUAUGGCUAACUUAGGGAAAUAAAAACAUAUUUUAAAAAAGGUACAUUUUAGUAAGAAAUUAACAUAAAUUCUUUCAGAAAUAUUACUUUCAGUUUAGGAUGAAAGCCAGAUACUAUACGCUUGUUGGGGAUUGUAUUAUUUAAGCGAUAAUGAUGAUGGUCAAUAAUAUUUUUCACUUAAGCCACCAGUUAUUCAAAAAUUAACUUUAUUACUAAAUUCGCAAAAUGAAUCUUUUAUAACUCCAGCUUUGAAGACUAUAGGAAACAUUUUAACAGGAAAUGAAGAAUAAACAGCUUAGGUUUUAAACACUGGAGUGUUAAAAGUGUUUGAAAUGUUACUAACAUAAAAUUACAGUUAAGUAAUUCAAAGGGAAGUCUGUUGGUCUUUGUCUAAUAUUGUUGCUGGUACCCCAGCUUAAGUAGAUUAAAUUCUCAAAAAUGAUUCGCUCUUAAAAUCCCUAUUUAAAUAGUUUUAAUAGGGAGAAGCUUAAAUCUUCAAAGAGAUGUCAUAUUUUCUAUCUAAUUUAAUUAGUUAUACAGAUUUAAAUAGUAUAGGUCAUUUUUUAACAUAAUAUGAUUGCUUUUAAAAAAUGUCAAUUAUGCUAGACAUAAAUGAUGAAACAAUAAGGAGAAUAAUUCUAGAAGGAAUUUUAGAAUUUUCAAAAAAAAUUUAAUAUAAUGCAAAAUUAUAAGAAUAUAAGCAAUUGAUGGAAAAUUCAAAAAUUAUUGACAAAGUUAAAAUAAUAUAAAAUAAUGUCGCAAAUGAUUUGUCUGAGCAGGCUAUUGAAAUUUUGCAAACUUUAGAUUAGGAAGAAUUUGUUUGA